CUGAUGAUCUAGGCUACAUAUUUUCACCUUUACAUUUGGUUUUGCGGCUCUUUUUCAGUUAUGAUAAAAUGUAAAAUUGUCAAAUUACUAAAAAACAAAAAUAAAGCCAGCAGGUAGGGCGCCGUUAAGUAUAAUAUUCAAAACGAAGAUUGGUCAUACACCUCAGACACAUCUUUAUUGUUUCCAUUAUCUUGUUUUAUAGAAGGAGUCAUUUGUGGUUGGUUAUUAAUAUAUAUCGAGGUUCUUGCGAUACUUACGUAGGUAUUUCAUGAGACGCCAGCAGAUGGCGGUAUGUAAAAAGGCACCGUAAUGCAGAUGGUCAGGAAAGCAGAGGAAGCCAAAAAAAGUCUGACAUAGGAAGGGAGGGUUCGUUGAGUUCAAACAGCUGGAGAGCAAUUCACCAAGAAGGAAAGUUUGAGUUAUACUGUAGAACUGUUUUUGCAAGAAACACGCAACGUUAUUAACCUAAACUUGUUUUGAGGCAUCAAAUUAUUGAGAAGCAGGAGUACAUUGGCGGCUCAGGUUGACGAACUUGAGUCGAGCAAAUAUGCAGCAGUUUCUGGUUCAUUUUUCGCAAAUGGUUCAGGCUAAAACCAGUCUCUAGUAAUUCUGUGGUAUUACACGCCUUUAACGUGCUUUACCGCGACAUACCUUCUAGGCAAAUUAAAUGGUAAAAUCUGCUGAAUAUAUGUAAGGCGAUUUUUUUAUUUUAAAAACUUGUAAACAAUGCAUUGUACGUUGAAAUGAAAUGCUUAAAUGAAAUGAAACUUAACAUAUAUGAAAACGGAUUUUCUAAGGGAACGCGUAAUCGCCGUCUCGUGACUCGCCGACCGCAGUCACGUUCGCCGAAAAGAAACUGCAGGCAGCCAGCUGGAGGCGCGCUCCCUUCGCCCCGCGUGCACGCAGCCGCACGGAUCUCGUGACCCAACUCACGCUCACUCAAGACGUGGCUGCUGUCCUUUGGCGGCGACCCAGGCCGCUGCGCAGGGAGCCUGCAGAAGCAAGUCCGCACGUUUCUGUGGGUUGCGGCGACUGGGAAACGAAGAACCAAGCAACGAAUAUAGGGGGCACAACUUGAUGCCGAGCACCAGCAGGCUGACUGGGCUGCGAUCCACCAGAAGGUGUGCCAGCUGCUGACCCCCCUGCGCACCCCCAUCCCUUUCCAUGUCCUGAAGGCGGAAAGAGAGCAUCACAGAGCCCAGAGACUGGAGAGACAGGUAGCCCAGGCUGGUACACAUGCACAGUGACAGUGCAGAGUUACAGGUGCCGAUUCUGAUGAGGAACCACACAUAGGAGGCAUCUGCACUCAUGUGGUAGAGUAUUUAAAAAAAUGUCUAUCACCUGAUUUCUGCUAAGACAGAAACAUGAAAAUUAAGUCAUCAGUCACUCGGCAGAAUUCAUAUGUUUGUUUACCAUGUACUGUCGCGUCAGAUGAUGUUCAGUCUAUCGCAUAAGGGACAGUCUCUGGGACAGUGGCCAUAUGGGGCUUGUAGGUGCAUUUUAAGAGGCGUACUUAGUGUUCCGUUUGAGUAAUUGUAUGUGGAAUGCUGCAGUCUGUAUAUGUGAUCCCUGGCUGUAUGUCGGUGGUGGGAGCGACAGGAGCAGCUGAUCGAGAUCUCGCGGGCAACGGCUCAAAGGAAGCUCUUUGAGAAGAACCACUGGGAGGCUUUGCCGGCUGCCCAGUUGUGCCUGUACUCCGCCACGGAUGUUUACGGCCCCGGCGCAGUGCAGCUCGUCCCUGCCUACCUGCUAUUGGCGGAAGCUAACAUCGGUCAGUCCGCACCCUUAAAAUACGCAUUUGGGGUAGCUUGGUAGCUAUGGAUAGGGAAGAUUCUGCUCUCGUAUCAUUGACUAACGUUCUUCAUAAUGAUAAUAGCAUCUUUAAUGGAUUCAGAUUAGAUUAGAAUCCAGAUUAGAAUGCAUUGUAUGGGAAUAAAAGGAAACAUAAUCAAAAUCAAUAAAAUAUCACAAACAAAAUAACUGCCGUAUAUCGGUAUGACCAUAACUAUUAAGUAAAUGCAAGGUAAAGGAUUCGUUCUUAACAAACGUCUGUUAUAUUUGUUGUGCUGUACUCCAAAGCUUAAGUGUAUAUAAAAUAAAUGGCUGCCAUUUUUAUAACUGGAGAAGUCAGUGUUAGGUAUACUUCGAUGCUGCACCAUUGGUAUGUUUAAAAACCAAAGAUGUAAAACGUAAUCUAAGGUUUAUUGGCAGUUAAUGAAAAUAGAUCAGAAAUUAUUUUUUAUUACAUGAAGGUCAAUAUGAUGAAUGUAAUGACGUGGCCAAGGAAUGGGCAGAGUGUAACAGUUUAUUCUGGAAUGUUCUUUUUUUAAUUUGCAGACUUUACGGGUUUAGAUGAGAAUGGGUUUAAUAAAAUACAAAGAAAUAAACACGAAAAAGCCAAGAAAUGUGAGAAAACAAGCAAAAAAUAUCCUGGGUGUACCAAAACUGCGGCCUGGGAUUGAGAUUGUGGCUGGAGUUACUUGUGGGUGAAAAAUUCAUGCAGCUGGUCUUAAAUUUUGUGAGAAUGUGAGACAGAUGGAGCAAAUUAACAGCCUGGUCACCAGACUAGGGUCAAACAAGCAGCACAGCUUUCUUACGGUUGUCCUAUUUAGCACACCUAUAAAUCUUUGUGUAAGCCUCUCUGUGCAUGCUUUUAGGAAAGUCGUGAUAACAGCUGUCAUCUAUAAUGCAUUAUAAAUACCUCCGUAAUGCAUUAUAAUGGUUGGUAUAAGAAUUAAUAAAGCAUUAUAGCAUAUUCUAUUGACAGUCAUAGUGUUGGUUAUAAUACUUCAUAAUGCCAAUGAAGCUCUCAUCUAUAACACACUAUAGAUACCUUCACAAUGCAUUAUAAUGGUCAAUAUAAGAAUUAAGGAUGCUUUGUACUGCAUUAUGAAGGUAUCUAUAGUUCAUUAUAGAUGAGAGCAUCAUAAAGCAUACAUAAUGCAUAAUAAACAUGACUAUAACGUCUUAUUCCUUUUUAUAAAUAUUUAUAGCCAUGCUCAUAAUGCUUUAUGAAUGUAUUAUAAUGUGUCUUGAAUGUGAUUAUAGAUUCUUAUGCACAAGGUAUUCACAAAAAGUGUUACCAAACUCUGUUUUUUAUUGCCAAUUAAGUAAAUAGUACAGGUAGUGGGAGUGACAUCUAGUGUGACUAGUAUGCACUCAAAGUCAACACUGAAAAAAGUAGCGGAAUAGAUCCGUGUGGAACACAAUUUUUCAGUCUCACAGAGAAGAACCUGAAGCCAACUUUGCAAUUCUCUGGACAGACCACUAGGAUUUCUCAGGUCUAGCAUACAUAAGUACUGCCGAGGUGACAGUAUGAAAGACAGCAUUAACAUCGAAAUGUUCAUAAACCAGAAUGGAGCAUCUCAGCAAAGUUAUUGUCAUCCAGAAACUCAUAUAUAUUUUAAAAUGUGACCUUUUCCCAAUCCCACUGCGGAGCAUUAGGUGCAUGCAAUGCAUGGUUUCUCCUUUCAUGGUUUCAUGGGAGCAGCACAAAGAGAGAGGAAACUUGAAAAAUCGAAGAAACAUUUCUGUUGAAAGAGGAAUCGACGGCAUCGUACCAAGCAUGUCAGGGAACAGAGACGUAUUGUGACAAGAAUCGCCAUGGUUCUGGUUCUGUUUACUGUGUCCAGGAAAUAAUUAUGUGCAUUAAAUUAUAUUACUCAUAGUUAGUCAUAAAUGAGGGACAGGCAGCAAAAACUGACACAAACAACCCCACCUGCCUCUCGACUCUCCAUUUAGCUAACCUUCCCUCUCACCCUGCCAGUCUAAACUGGAACCCCCUGUCAGCGGUAAUGGUGAAUGGCCUUUCAUGUAGCACCUUACACCACACGGCCAAACGAAUGUUUCCAAAACGAAGCAGAGAGGACGACCGAAACAAGGACAUUAUUUACCCUCAGCUGUAACUUGUGUCUGAUCAUAAGAUGGUUUGUAUAUAACUGUCAGUCAGGCAAUGGGAAGAUACUGAGAAUUCUAAUGUUCGGUCACACCCACGGCGCAGUGCUCCAGGAAACUGAAGGUCUUGGUAGGUUCUCCCAGGCAGAGGAGUACUUGGCUCAGGCGGAGUGGAUAAUAAUGAAGACACCAGAGUGCAGUCUGGGGGUCCGUCACCAGCUCCACCGGAACCUGGGUCGGCUGCACGCUGCCACAGAAAAUUUCGAAGAGGCUCUGUUUCACCUCGCUAAUGAUGUUUACUAUGCCAGUGAAGAAUUUGGCUUGGACAGCACUGUGGCUUGUGGUGGCUAUAUUCUAAUGGCAAAUAUAUUUUUCAAGCAAAAGAAAUUUGAUAUUGCGAUGUCCUUGUGCACUGAGGUGGCCAAUACUUGGCACUCUCACCUGUACAGAAUCCUGGACAGCCACAUUCAGAACUACAGUUCACUUCACAAUGCAAUUGAUGAGGCCCAGCAGGCUGAAGCCGAUCGGACCCUGCAGUGUGUUUUGGAGUUGGAGGGGCAGAUACCGACACGGCUCCCCAGCUUAAUGGCGGUAGCUUGCCACGCCCUGGCCAUGCUCUGGCUUCUAGGCGACGAUUUUCCUAAGGCAACAGAGUUUGGUAGGAGGGCCCUGACUUCGAGCCGGCUGGAGCCGGAUUGUGGCCUGUCUGAGUCCAUCCAAAGACUGCUGAAGAUGUCUGAGGCAGGAGGUGGCCUGCAAGCAACUGGCAUGAGCUGAUCACCAGGGACCAGUGCCGUAUUUGCAGAAAUCAGCAUCAUUUACUCAUGGAUCUCAUUAUCUACUACGGUAAUACUGUUCUUUGUAAUUAUGCCCUGGAUUUCCUUGGGCUUUAUACUGUUCUUACUCAGUUAAAAUCUUUAAUACCGAGACUCCAUGAGGUGAAAAGCAUCAAAUGAAAGUGUAUGUAGCAAAAUCCAUUAAUGUAUUUUAAUUGCAAGGUUUGGUAACACUUAAAGUAGUCGUCCAUCAUCUAUGAAGAUAUCUAUUAAUACCUUUACAAUGCAUUGUAAUGGUCAGUAUGAGCCAACACAAUGCAUCAUGAAGGUAUCUAUAGAGCAUUCAUAAUGCAUAAUAACCAGGGCUACAAUGGGUUAUACCUUUUCAUAAAUAAUUAUAGCCAUAUUUAUACUUUAUGAAUGUGUUAUAAUGCAUUAUGAAGGUAUCUAUAAUGCUUUACACGACUGCUUUAAGUGUUACCAAAGAUUUAAUGUAAUGUUUACAUGGCAAUACAGGCAUAAAGUAAACAUUUUACUAUAUAUCCCA